ACUACAGCAACUACAUGAAUUGAAAACGCUGAGUGUAUGUUUUUUUAAAUAUAUAUCUAGUUAUCCUUUGAUAUUAAUUUUAUACAUAAAUCAAUAAAUUUUCCAUAAGAGCUACCAAACAAAUAUUUAUUCACUAAACAGUGAGUUCGUACUUUUUUAGAUCGAAUAACUAACAGAUACAGUUACAUAGAAUUUACAUAUUAACAUCUUAGAUCAACGGUAAAUUAUGGGUAAAUUGAUUUAUUUUGUGACUUUGUAUUGCUUCUGCAGUUUAAUAAUAGUAACUGCAAAAAAAUAUGAAGAUAAAGAAAAACCAUCUUGGGCCAAAAAAGAUAUUCGUGAUUUCACCGAUGCCGACAUGGAAAGGCUUUUUGAUCAGUGGGAGGAGGAUGAGGAACCAUUACCUGAGGACGAAUUACCGGAACAUCUGAGAAAGCCUCCAGUUAUUGAUAUGACAAAGUUGGAUAUGUCAAACCCAGAAGAAGUACUAUCACAAACCAAGAAGGGACAGACACUCAUGAUGUUUGUUACAGUCGCCAAUAAACCCUCACGUGCCAGAACUGAAGAAUUAACAAAGAUAUGGCAAACUGGUCUAUGGAGCAAUCAUAUACAGGCUGAACGGUAUCUUAUCGAUGAUGAUAGAGCUAUAUUCAUGUUCAAAGAUGGUUCUCAAGCGUGGACAGCAAAGGAAUACUUUUUGGAACAAAAUGAAUUAAAAAAUGUGCAAUUAGAGUCACAAACAUAUGAAGGAAAGAAUCCCAAUGUUAAAAAUACAGCUUUAAGAGACGAGUUGUAGAUCUGAAUAAGUUAAAUUUGUACAGUUUUACAUAAGGUAAAUUAAAGACUUGAGGAAAAAAUAACUGUUUUAUUUU